AUGGCUGUAGAUCAAACUGAAGAGAUGACCCCUUGCACGAGCAGAAAUAACCAAUUGGUCAUCGAUACAGGUAAUCCCCUCUACAUUCAUCUUUCGGAUAGUCCUGGCAUGACCUUAGUACCAGUUCCGUUCGACGGAAUUGGAUAUCGUUCCUGGAGGAGAAGCGUAUUGCGAGCCUUGUCAGUUAAGAACAAAUUAGGGUUUAUUAAUGGAGAGUUUAGAAAACCUAGUUCUGAUUCGCCUCAAUUCCGCCAAUGGGAGAGGUGUGAUGAUAUGGUAACCUCGUGGAUCCUCAAUUCCCUUGCUAUGGAAAUCUCUGAUAGUGUGGAGUAUGUAAAUGACUCGGUCGAGCUAUGGAGAGAAUUAGAGGAUCGUUAUGACCAAACAAAUGGGGCAAAAUUGUAUCAGAUUCAGAAAGAAAUUAAUGAUCUGUGCUGCAAUUGCACAUGUGGAGCAAAAGAAACUAUGCAUAAAGCAGAACAGGAUCGACGGCUUAUCCAAUUUCUAAUGGGAUUGAAUGAGGUCUAUACAAUAGUGCGAGGAAGCAUUCUUAUAUUGAAACCUCUGCCUUCUAUGGCACAAGCUUUCUCCCUACUAAUACAAGAGGAAAAACAAAGGGAAUUCAAGCCCAGUGGUCAACUCAGUCUAGAUUCCACUUCACUGCAUGUGAAUGCAAGUUCACAGAAUCAAAGUCCAUUUCCACAGAACCAAAGUCCAUUUGGGGCCAGAAAUUUUAAAACUCACUACACAGCUAGCAACAAUAGCAAGGGUCGUCCAUUCUGUGAUUAUUGCAAAAGACUAGGCCAUACAAGGGAAAAGUGUUACAAGUUACAUGGAUAUCCUCAAGGCAGUUCCUAUAGUAACCAAAACUACAAUCGUAAUAAUUCCAAUGUUCGGCCCUAUAAUCAAGGGAACAACCAGAACCACAAGUUCAACAGAGGAAAAGGAUCUGUGGCUAAUGUACAUGGAACUCCAGCUGACAUGAUUCAUGAGAAUGGGAAUGAAGAAGAACUACAAAAUGAUAAUCAGAAUGUCAAUCUGACAAAGGAGCAAUAUGGGCAGAUAAUGAACUUGCUACAGCAUUUUCAAGUGGGAUAUGCAGGAGGUUCCCCUAGCAACAUCAAUGCCACCACUGGCAGUGCCAACUUUGCAGGUAUUGUUGUCUGUACUUCUUCUAUUGAUUUUGACAAACCUUCAUGCGAAUGUUUUGAAUCAAAGGCUGAUCUUUGGAUUAUAGACUCAGGAGCAUCCAACCAUAUGACUUUUAACAGACAUGCACUUACCAAUAUCACCAAAUUACCCUAUCCUUUACUGAUAAGCCUACCAAAUGGAUAUAGAGUAAAGGUUCUUGAAUUCGGAGAUGUGAUACUUUCUUCAGACAUUGUUCUACAUAGGGUCCUUCAUGUCCCAUCAUUCAAAUAUAACUUAGUUUCUGUUCACUCUCUUGCAGUACACCUUAGAUGUAUUGUCUUUUUCAGUGAUGCACUUUGUCUGUUGCAGGCCCCUUCAGUGAAGAGGCCUCAGGUGAUUGGUAGUAGCAAAGGAGGUCUGUACUAUCUCUGUUCCAGAUGUUUGAAGGGUAAAAGAACUGUCUUGCCUUCUGUUGUUUCAACUUCCUAUUGCAAUUGUAUUCCGGAUCCUCAAUCUGUAAAUAGUCAUACUCAUUCAUGUCACACUCCUCAAUCUGUAAAUACUUCCAUUUCAAGCAAUAAGAAUGAGCCUUCAUAUGUGUUUGAUAAGCAUGAUGUAAAUUCUCUGUGGCACAAUAGGCUUGGUCAUGUUUCUUUUGUUAAAAUGAGAGGGAUAUCCUCAAUCCCUCUAAAAUUUGCACCAAGACAGCCAUUUAUCUGCCCUGCCUUUGUAGCCAUGAUUGAAAACCAAUUUAAUACAUCCAUAAAGACCAUCAGAUCUGAUAAUGGCUUGGAAUUCACCAGCCAUGAAGCCCUUUCAUUCUACCAAUCUAAAGGGAUCAUACAUCAGAAAACAUGUCCCUAUACACCACAACAAAAUGGUGUAGUGGAGAGAAAACAUAAAUAUCUUCUUGAAACUGCCAGGGCUCUCAUGUUCCAGUCUAAACUCCCAACUAAAUAUUGGGAAGAAUGCAUCCUAACAGCCACUUAUUUGAUAAAUAGGCUGCCAACCACUUACCUUAACAACAAAUGCCCCUUUGAGUUGUUGUAUCAAAAGAAACCUCAUUAUUCUCACUUGAGAAGUUUUGGAUGUUUAUGCUAUCCUACUUUACCCAAAAUACACAGAGACAAAUUUGAACCAAGAACUACUCCUCACAUCUUUGUAGGAUAUUCAUUUGGGACAAAAGGUUACAAGGUACUAAGCCUGGCCACCAAGAGAAUUCACAUCUCUAGAGAUGUAAUCUUCCAUGAAAAUGUUUUUCCAUUCUCCUUGGGUUCUGAAAAUACUUCCUUUCCUGCUGUUCUUAGAACAGUCUCUUAUCCUAACUAUGCUGAAGAUAGUAGUCAAGUUCUCCCUAUGAAUUUAAGACAAAGUCCUGUUAGUGUUACAUCUCCAGAGAUAGAACACCACUCUGAGACACCUAUUAAUGAUACAUCUUCUCCAAACACCAUUGAUCUUCCAUCCACAAAUGAUAACAACUUACAGUCUUCACCUAAACAUGCUCAGUCAGAAGCACCAUUUUUAAGAAAAUCCACCAGAAAUCAUCAAACUCUUGCCUACUUAAGAGACUAUGUUUACCAAUUACCCAAUAGUUCUGCUCAACUUUUCACUGUCACACAACAUUUAUCCCCUUCACUAAAAGCCCUAUUUUCCAAUCAUCAUCAUAUCACUCCUGAUGUUCUAUCUACUGAAAGUCAGCACUUGAUGCUAAAUGUUUGCCAUGAUAGUGAGCCAUCUUCAUAUGAAGAGGCAGCUCUCAGUCCUGCUUGGCAGGCUGCCAUGACACAGGAAUUUGUGGCACUUCAUGCCAACCAUACUUGGGAUUUGGUCCCCUUGCCAGCUGGAAAACAAGCAAUAGGUUGCAACUGGGUAUAUAAAAUCAAACAUAGGGAUGAUGGGAGCAUUGAAAGGUUCAAAGCUAGGUUGGUAGUAAAGGGUUACACUCAGUAG